ACAGUUCCGUUCGGAGCACUAGCUAUAUAAGCCCCAUGCUUAGGUACAUUCGCACGAACUUCUGUUCUCUGCGGCUUUGCGACGAAACAAAAUGAAUUUCAAGUGCUGCUGCUUGCUGUUCCUAUCGCUACUGGGGCUGAUGGCUGGAGCCAUGGCGCGGCCAGAGCGCCACUCCAGCAACACCACUCCACACACAACCCCACUGCCACCGUGCACGCCCUGGUGUGCCGGUCAGCCUCCACCGCCGCCGGGUGCCGUCAACUAGAGAUUGAGAGGUCCAACCCAACACCACGUCCAGAACCCCAGACAAUCUCUUGCGAUCGUAAUUAUUUCGUGCCAUUUGCUAAAACAAUUAAACUCACAUAAUGUCUACAAA